AUGGACAACUCUUAUCCUCAGCGCUACCGUGCAGAUAAGAUCCUGGGAGCCACUUCUACAGAAAGAGAGAGUCUACACCCUGCAGACGGGAUGCUCAGCACUUCCAAACCCUUGGCUUUCUCCAUCGAGCGAAUAAUGGCCCGGACUCCGGAACCAAAGAGUGUUCCUUCGCCAACCGAGCUGCCAGGCUCGCUGUGCAAGGGCGAGCCCAAACACGUGUUCCACCUGAACUCCUCCGUGCCCUGUAUGAUCCCCCUGGUGCCCUUGGCUUACGACACUCACUCGAAAGUUGGCCUCAGCUCCUCGGAUCCCCGCAAAAGCCACCCGGAAUCUCCGUACGAGUGCGGCCGCGCGGCCGGCGGCAGGCUCUCUCCCCCGCUGGAGCAGUACAGGGUCAUCCGGCCUCGGGUGGUCCACCAGUCCUCUUUCCACGCCAUGGGCGCUCUGUGCUACCUGAACUGCGCCGAGAGCCCGUGCACCCCGCCGGCCACUAUCUUCAACGUGCACCCGAUGGCCUCUUACCUGCUGGGCUCCCCACUGGGGCUGCAGCAGAAAGCGGUCCUCGGAGACAGGAACAAGCUGGUGCUGCAACCCGCGGUGGAGAGGUACCCUGCGGCUUUCAAAGAGCUCUCGCCCGCUCAGUUGCAGCAUUAUGUGAAGGAAAGCACUCAGUUCCUCUCCGAGAAACUCAGCUUGAAGCAUUCCUCCAAACUCGGCAACUCCUCGCAGAACAACAAGCCCAAAGUGUUCACCUGUGAAGUCUGUGGCAAGGUCUUUAAUGCCCAUUAUAAUUUAACCCGUCACAUGCCGGUGCACACUGGAGCUCGACCAUUCGUUUGCAAAGUUUGUGGCAAGGGAUUUCGCCAGGCCAGCACUCUGUGCCGACACAAGAUCAUUCACACCCAGGAAAAACCUCACAAAUGCAACCAGUGUGGAAAAGCGUUUAACAGGAGUUCCACACUCAACACUCACACCCGAAUCCACGCGGGUUACAAACCCUUUGUCUGCGAGUUCUGUGGGAAAGGUUUUCACCAAAAAGGUAAUUACAAGAACCACAAGCUGACGCACAGCGGAGAGAAGCAGUUUAAGUGCAGUAUCUGCAACAAAGCUUUUCAUCAAAUCUACAACCUCACCUUCCACAUGCACACUCACAACGACAAGAAGCCCUUCACCUGCUCCGCCUGUGGCAAAGGCUUCUGCCGGAACUUUGAUCUAAAAAAGCACGUCAGGAAGUUACACGACAGCUGCCCGGGACCCCGUGCCUUAGCGGCGGACAUGUCGGUAGAGGAGCAAUCUCGGAAAUAA